AGUUUCCAACGUGCACAAUGGUGACGUUUACCAUAUCAUGAUGGCGGUAGCCUGGACUAUUUUGAAUUCCGUCCCGCUUUUCGAAGUUUACGCUCCGUUUGGUCUGUAAAAUGCCUUAUUAUUCUGGAGAGCACACUAAAUAACUCAACCGGUGUCAUGGAUUCCGUCGUGGGGGACGAUGUGACGCUCCCCGUGGACAUCAACGGGAGCUGCGGACUGCCAGACUCCAUAGAUGCUGGGGAAUAUUCCACAGACAGCAUGACAGCUCCGUGCUUCCCUGACAAGAUGUCCCCCAUCAAAGCUCUCACCAUGAAGGACUAUGAGAACCAAAUCACAGCCCUGAAGAAAGAGAACUUUAACCUGAAGCUGCGCAUUUACUUCAUGGAGGAGCGCAUGCAGCAGAAAUGUGACGACUCAACUGAGGACAUAUUCAAAACGAACAUUGAGCUAAAGGUGGAGUUGGAGUCUAUGAAGAGAGAGCUGGCAGAGAAACAGGAGCUACUUGUGUCUGCGUCGAAAGCGCUGGAGAGUCUGGCUGGUCGAGAGCCAGGAGAGCCCCAGCGUUUGAGGGAGCAGGCUCAAAGAGAGAUGGAUGCUCUCCGGGAGGCAUUCAGCAAGAGGAUAGCUGACCUAGAACAGUCUCUGCAAGCGGCAGAGGAAGAAGUUGAGAAGAUGGCAGCCAUCGCCGAGCAGGAGAAGCGUAGAAAUAUUAACAUGGAGAAGCAGCUCCAAGCCCUGGGUCCACAGAGCACCUUCACCCCCGUCCCCAGCCCAGUCCAAGACCUGCAGCAGGCUCUGCAGGACAAAGACAAUAUCAUCGAGCAACUCAAGAUCACUUUAAGGAACCAGGAAGCUGCAAUCCAUCAGAAGAAAAGUGCCGAACAAGGGACAGAUGCACCAGCAGCUGAUGGUGUUAAACAGCUGUCUGAUCUCAUCGCGAAGAAAGAUCAGGAACUUGAGGCACUGAGGGACGAGUUACAUAGAGGGAAGGACCAAACAACACCAGAUCAUCAGAAGCAGAGCGAGAUUAGCCGGUUGGAGUCCUGCAAUAAGCUGCUGACUGAAGAGCUCACCCGGACAAAAGGCACCAAUGAGUCUCUGAUUAAAACGCUGGAGGAUACCCAAAAUCAAAACAAGAACUUGUUGGUGAAGUUGGAUGAGAAGGAGGAUGAACUCAGCUCUGAGAAGAAAAAUGCUCUGAAGCGAGACAAAACAAUCCAAGGGCUCACUCAGGUCCUCAGAGAAAAGGAGAAAGAGAUUGCAGAGCUGUGUCAUGAGAUUGAGGACAGGGAUGAUGCUUUGGCUAAGGCAAGGGAAGCAGCGCAUAAAGCCCAGUUGCAGAAAUACCAGGGUGUAGAGGAACACCAAAAUGUAUUAAUGGAAAAGCAAACAGAGCUGGCCCAUCUCCAGGGGGAACACCAUGCCAAGGUACUCGAAGCCCAAAAGCUACAGCGUGCCCUGGACAGGAAGGAGCAAGAGCUGGCUGACUUGCAGCAGGCAAAGGACCAGCUGGAGGUGGAACUGGAGGACCUGCAACAGCAGAAGAAGAAGGGAGACAAGGCCCUGAAUGAUCUGAACAAUCAGAUCAAAAAGCUGAGUGGUGAGAUCGGCGACAGGGAGAGUGCUCUGGAGCACCAGUACCAGGAGCUGCUGGAUCAAACCAAAAGAAAAGUGCAGGCCCACGAGGUGACCAUCCAGCGGCUCACAUCCACUCUUGCAGAUAAAGAGCAGCAGCUACAGGAGUACAUGAACAUGGUCAGAGACUUCGAGCAAAGCAAAAGUCCGGGAGGAAACGACAGCGUGCUUUCCAAGCUGCGGCAAAGGCUGAAAGAAAAGGAGAAGGCUCUGGAGCAAGCACUGGAUGAGAAGUUUGCUGCCAUUGAGGAGAAAGACAAUGAGAUACACCAGCUGCAGCUGUCUCUGAGGGAGAGGGAGAGAGACCUCGAAAGGCUGAAUAACUUGCUCUCCCACAACGAGGAAACCAUCAAUAGUUUUGACAGUCUAAUUAAGGAGAAGGAUGUUGAGCUGCAGCAUCUUGCAAACACUCUAAAGAAUCUGCAGAGAGCCAAGCAAGAUGUAGAGGAUAACUUGAACAGAUCGCUGAGGGAGAAGGACUCCAUCAUCAGUCAGCUACAGCUCUCACUGGAGGGCAAGACAAAGGAUAUGGAGGAAAUGGCCGAAUCAAUGCUGAGCCAGUCACAGACUCACGCACGUGACCUCGCUGAACAGAUGGGCCAGAGGUUAAAGGUCACAGAGGCUAUGUUGGCUGAGGCUGUGAAGGCCAGGGAGAGGCUGGUUGCUGACAAUGAGAGUGCUGUGGAAGGACUGUUGGCCACAGUCAGCAGCAAGGACCGUCUUCUCAAGGAGUCUGCAGAGCACUACAACCGUAUGCUGUCUGAGCGCACUCAAGAGAUCCAGGAGCUGAGGAAGCAGCUGUCUGACAGGCAGCAGCAGCUUGUCACUGCUGAGAAGCAAAGCUCCACAACCGCCCAGGAGGGUUAUUUAGAGACCGCGGAGCUCCGAGCCCAGCUUGCUGAAAAAGAAAGCAUCAUCAACAAGCUUCUGCAGCGUGGUCAGGAGAGGGACAAGUUUCUGGCAGAGGUGAGGCAGAGGGAGGAGCCGGAUCAUGUGUUGGAGCUCAAGCAAACCAUCCAGAUCAUGCAGGAGAAGUUGGACGAGAGGGAAGUUGAGCUGUCCAGGAGGAACAGCGAGGACAAUGGGGAGAACAUUCCUCUCGCCAAGAAGUCAGUCGUCAUCCUGAAGAAAGAGCUAGCACAGAAAACUGAGGCUCUGAACAAAGCACUGAAGAGGGAGAAUGAGCUGAAGAUCUCUUUGGCAGAGCUGCAGUCAUUGCUAUCUGAGCUGGAGGGUCGCAAUGAAGGUCAGGCUGCUAAUAUUGAGUCCCUGACUGCAACACUGAAGACCAAGGAUGAGAUUAUUGAUGUUCUCCACCAGCGCCUCGGUCAGAGAGGGGACAGUCGGGCGGAUCAUACCGAGAAUCAGAUCAUUGGCUCCGGCAUGGAGAGAUCACUCCCUGGACUCCCUCAGAGAGAGAGAACCAUGAUUGGAGGCGACAGCCAGCAAGAAGCUUUGCCCAACCUUAUAGCCUUGCAACAGGAGCAUGAUGCUCUGAACAAAGCCCUGAGAGCCGAACAGCAGCUCUACUCCAGUCUGGUCAGGACUGUAAAGGAGCAAGACAGUGCUCAGCGUCUCCAUGCUCUACAGUUGGAGCUGACAGCGGUGCAGCUCCUCAGACAGCAGCUGGAGGAGAGCAUCAAAACUAAUGAGGAGCUCAGGGACGACCUGGAGAGAGAGAUACACAGAGCCAAACUCAGAGAAGGUAUGGACCUGAUUGAUCCUAAAGAGCUGGAGAGCAUGAGGCAUCAGCUGGAGGAUGCACAGCGCUGGAAUGCCUCUCUGCAGGCUCGCUUAGGGGCCAUACAGAACCGGGGAGGAGGGGUUGGAGGGGCCAAUGAUGGUGGUGAAACUUUGAGUUUCAUCGGCGAUCAGACCUCCUACAUGAGUAUCUGUGUGGGAGAAGGGCAGGAUGACAGUUUGUCUCAACUGUCUGCACAGGAGCUCAAGCAGAAGGUGCUCGAGCUGCAGGAUUGUGUCAGCAGACUGCAGGAGUUGAACAACGAGCUGCAGAACCGCCUGUCACUAUUGGAGAUGUCAGCCCAUGACACUUACAACAAGGAAGACCAAGUUAUGCCCGGCAGUAGCCCCUGGAAACAGCAGCUCGAGAAGACGCCGGAGGUGCACAGUAAGAGGGCGUGUCACUCCAGUCAGGAUAAAGAGAGUCAGACGGACAUCAAACUAGGACAGACGUUGCCUGGAAAGCUGUGGGUUGAUACGAGUAUGGACAGUGGCCUCGGCCACAGUAGAGAGCACGCUCCGUCUGGCAACGACACCUCAGACACUGUUGAAAAAGAUUCUAGGAAGAGGAACUCGGAAAUAAUGGCACUUAAAUCCCUGCUGACUGAUUGUGGGGCCACAUCAGUUUCACAGCUCAGGGAGGUCCUGCUCAGACUCAGAUCAGAGAAUGCAGAGCUGCGGGGUCUCCUGAAAGAACAGAAAUCGACCGAGUGUAAAGAGAAAGAGAGCACAGACGCCUCAGGGAACAGCAGUGACGGACAGGCUGAACUGAGAAAGAGUGUCGAAACGCUGCCGGUCGAGUCAAAAGCUCACUCUCAGGUCAGCAGUCUGUCGAAGGACAUGUCUGAUGGGCAGACCCCUGUCACCACAGAGGGGAUGGAGAGUCCACAGUCACAAAACAAGAGUGCAAUGCAGCAUGUCUCAAGGCAUGGGGCGGGUGUCAGAUCUCGCCUCCCAGUCCCUGUGAGGCUCAGAGUGGAGUCCAACAACAGCAAGUACUCUCAUUUGGAUGCUGUUUAUGGUUUUGACCAGCAACUCCAUGCAGACUCCGACUCAGCCGUGUCUCCCCAGGACAGUGCUUCUCCUUCUUCCACACUCAGACACGAACAUCGCAGCGGCAGUCCAGUUGGGUCGGACAAGGAAUCCGAAGCCAGAACAACACUGGAUCACACCCAGACCGACUCUGCUCUUUUCACUCAGCUGGAGCUUCUCCACCUGGAGUGUCAGGAGAAAGAGGCCCUGAUCAACAAGCUCAGCGAGCAGCUAGCCGACUGGGAAGAGCUCCAUGCUCAGCUCCAGGAAAAAGACAGGCUUAAUCGGCAGUAUGUGGAGGCCCUGCAGGCUGCAGAAUCCACCAUUGCUUACCUGACUGCCUGCAGUCUGGACAGCCAGGGAGGAUUUGGGUCGAACGCAGGUCCUGGCUGUGUGGAUUCUGAUGCUGCCCUCCACAGCAGAUGCAUGGAGCUACAAAAAGCCCUACAGGAGAAAGAGGAGCUCAACAACCAGUUUAUAGAGCUUUUGGACAUGGCAGGGAAAGUCAUCGCCUCCUCUGACAGCCAAGAAAAGAAUCCAGAAAGCAGCGAUUUAUGUUUGAAGAUAGAAACGACCUUGCAGCAGGUGAAUUCAUCUUCAAAUAGACAGAGCCCUAGAGGUGGCUCUGGAAGCACAGAGGACUCUGUGCAGGAGUUACAACGACACGCAGACUCUUUGCAGGAGGCCCUGUGGGAGCAAAACAGGCUUAAUGCCGAGCUGCAGGAAAAACUGAGAGCUGCAGAUGCCGCUGCUCAACAGGGCUUCAGUAGUAACAGUGCUGACCAGGAUGGUAAAUGCUUGAGGCAGAUGGCAGCAGAGUCACUCAAGGAAAAGGACUCAAGAGAACACCCAAUAAAAAUGGGAGGUUCUGAUGUCUGUUUAAAUCCGGAGAUGACCAAAGUACUAAUGAAGUGCCUUAGUGCAGCAGAGUCUGCUGUUGCCUCUCUGGCAGCACAUUGUACAAAUACCAGCUCUGUGGCUUCUGCUAGAUCAUCACAGUCCAGCCCUGACCUGCAGAUGAACUUGGAUACACUUCAGAGAGCCCUGCAGGAGAGGAAGGAACUGGGAGAACCCUCCCAGCCAUCCACCAAAUCCAGCGGCAGCCAGUCCGCUGCUUCAUGUGGAACAAAGGGACAGCUUCACCAUGAGCUCCACGACAACCUCUGCCGCCUCUACAAGGCCUUCAGCGAUCACUGUCAGAGGAUCUCUGAACUCCAAGCUGCCCUGCAAGAAGAGAGGGGCCGAAGAGAGGAGAGCAGGGACCACAGGACAGCCACGGAUGCCAAGGGAUUACCACCGAGCGUUCAGGUCCAACUGGAGACUCUCCAUAAGGCGCUGAGAGAGAAGAAGAAAGCAUGUAAAAACCUGGAGGAAAAAUUGGCCACCGUUCUCACCAACACACUUUCCCCUGAAACUGCACGGAAAGCUCUGGAGCAGGAUGACAAAGGCGUGCAGGUGGAUUUGCAGGACCUGGGUUACGAAACCAGUGGCAAGAGUGAGAACGAUAGGGAAGAGAGCAGUAGCACAGAUCUAGAGGUUGGUGUGAAACCUAGCUGCAGUGCCUCUAGCCUGCCUUCCCUGCUGAAACACGAGCAGGCCACAUUCUCCUCUACCGAAAACCUGGACUCAACGUCCAGCACCCCGUACCCUAGUUCCCCAGCUCUCAGCUCAGCCAAGGUCAGUCUGAAAAGCCUGCAGGCCUUUGAUGAGUACGGCGUUUCUGAAGACCCUCUUCAGCUUCAGGGACAAGUCAGAGAGCUGAAGGUCCAGCUGGAAAACCAGACCAAACUCAUCCUUCAGAUGCAAAGUUUUCUGCGCCGGAGUUCUCUGUCCAGUGACCUCGCUGCCAACACCUCUGAUCCCUCGACCGUCAGGGAUCAAGAGGGGACGCAGAGAGAGGACCAUAGCCAGGACCGGAGCUGCAGAGGUGGGCAGCUCAGGGAGAAAAGCGAGGGGGAGAAGCAUGCGAUGAAGGAUAAAAACAGCCAUCUGAAUGUGGAAGUGGACAGAGAGAGGGCACUGAACAGAAGCACGAGUGAACAGCUGCAGCAGACACGCAGCCGCUCCACAUCACCUGCCAGACUGGACUCCCUGGUACAGUCGCAGGCCAGGGAGCUGUCACAACUGAGGCAGCAGAUCAAGGAGAGCCGCAGGCUGGGAGGCCUGCAGCGUCGGCAGCUGGAGGAGCUGAGAAAGGCCUUCAAGGAGCUGCUGCAGGCCAGCCAAGUCGACUACUACAUGGGGGAGGUGGUCAAAGAGCAGCUGGAUAAGAGCCUGGGAAUUCUGGACAGGCUGGAGGGACGGCUGGACAAAGGAGACUCUCAUCCGGAUAAUGAGGAUGUGGCGGCUCUGGAGCUGUCUCGCAGGUUGGCGAAAGAGCUGCAGGAAAAGAACCGUGUGAUCCAGAGCCUGCAGAGCCAACUGAGAGGCCAAAGUCCCAGCAGCCACCACAGCUCUCACUCUGAACUGUACCACUCCGACAGGACCUCCUCCUCCUGCUACAGCAGCUCGGCCACACAGGGCGGAGAUCGAGGCCACAGCCAGAGACAACCUCCUGAUUGGCCGGGAGCAUCCGUCCCUCCCGCAGGUGGAGCUCAGGAGGAAGGUGUGUCCGGUGCCGGCAGGCUGCAGGGCCUGCAGAGGGAGAACGGGCGACUGCAGGAGCAGCUGAGGAGCAGCGAGGUGCUCAACGCCAGCCUGCGCAGUGAACUGGACCUACACCGUACGAUCAUUGGCCAGACCAGCUCUCACCAUCAGCAACAGGAUCGUAGCCACCAGCAGGACGGGUCAGGGGCUCAGACGGAUGCACGAAAACCAGAGGGAGACAUUGGCUCACAGAGGAAUGUUGCCGAACAGCCUCGCGCAAUGAAUUCAGGCUUGCUGGAAGAACAUCUACAGGAGAUCCGAGCGUUGCGGCAGCGCCUCGAGGAGAGCAUCCGCACCAACGACCUUCUCAGGGAACAGCUGGAGAAACGAUUGGCCGAGGUGGAGAAAGACCCAGCAGCCACCAACAUCUUCAUCCACGGCAACGACGAGCAGGGUCAGUUGACCAAUGAGGUGCGAUUCCUCUGGGGCCAAAACCAAAUCCUGAAGGAGCAGCUGAACAUGGGCUCGAGAGACAAGCAGAAGGAGAACGAGAAGCUACGGGAGACUCUGGCCAGACGGACGGCCAAACUGGAGCAGAGCAGGAAGGAGUGCGAAGCUCUGAGGCAAGAAAACUGCCGACUGCAGGAGAGGCUGGAGCACAGCAGCCAGGAAAACACCCAGCUGCAGGACACACUUCACUACAGCAAGGAGGAGCUGCACGGGUUGCAGUGUGAGGUGAAGCUCCAGAGGCAGCAGCUGUCAGACUCCCAGCAUCUUCUGCAGUCGCUGCGUGUGGAGCUCCAAGUUUACGAAAAGAUCAAGACGGAAACUCAGAAGCACAAAGCAGAAUCCCGCAGGGUGACCCAGGAGCCCGUCUCCGUCCCUCCCUCCGGCUCGGUGGACCUGAGCGAGCUGCUGUCGGAGAUCAGACACCUGCGGCUGCAGCUGGAGAGAAGCAUCCAGACCAACACGGCGCUGCGGCAGAGGCUGGAGGAGCAGCUGCUCAGAGGACCCAACCGCUCUGAAACCAUCAACAUCAACUACCUGCUGUCGUCGCCAGACGAAGGAGGCAGGUCACCAGGUCGCGACGGCGCCGAUCCUCUCUGUCACUCAUUUCAGAGUCACAAUGAAUACACCAGCGUCCACCAUGAGGAGAAACGUCACGUCCACUCAGAGGUAGACGGAGGCUCGGCCAGCGGCAGCUCGGGCGACAGUGUGACUGGCGCUCCCUCUCGCCUGGUGCCUGGCCACCGGAUGUGGGCCAAUCGCAACGGCCGCCAUGUUUUGGGUCUGAUUGAGGACUACAGCGCCCUCCGCAAGCAGAUCUCGGACGGACGGAAGCUGUCGCACGGCAUGGUGACCCAGCUGCAGGAGUGUCUGCACACGUUCAGACAGCAGGGCUCCGACAACAAGGUGAUGGAGGAGCAGCAUCUGAAGGGUUUAUCUGGCAGCGUGAACAACAUGCAGCACGUGUUAGAGGAGGCCGGUCGGCUGCUCAAACUGGUGUGGAGAGUCUCUCUGCCGGCCGGUAACACAGCAGGAGACGGCAGCAACAACCAGCAGGACGAGCUGCUGAAAAAUGAGAUAGCCAGGCUGAAGAGCCGGCUGUCGCAGCAGGAGAGGAUGCUGAGCGGAGCCGUGAAACGCCUCCGAACCACCAACCAGCUCAAAGAGGGAAUGGAAAGAGUCAUCAUCGAUCAGCUGUAUCUAACCCACGGCGUGUUGAAGAAAGCCAGGGGGAAUUUAGAGGAGGUCCCAGUCAAUGGCCAGUAGGGGACACUACAGACCUGCAUCCUGAGCAGCUAAGCGCUGCCGUUUCCAGGCGGACUGCAGGCAGCAGACUCUCUGAAUCCUCCGAGGAUCACAACAGUGACGCCUCUCUACACUGCAGCUUUUAAACCCGCUGCUACUCAGCUUUUGAUAAUGUAGCUACCUAAUGUUCAUCAGGCUUUAUUAUCCUGCCUUUCUGUCCUGCUGAACGACUGUCACCUUACUCUCCUGAUAUCAAAGCCUUUUUGUACUUUUAAAUUGCACAUGCCUGCCUUCAAUUUGAUUUAUUUUAGGUACUGAAGUUGAAAAAGCUGUUUUUUAAAAAAGAAAAAAGAAAAGAAAAUGCCUUUGUAAAUAGUAGCUCCUGCAAUUUAAAUAUUUUUCCUUUUAUUCUUUUUAUAUGAUGCAUAUAAGAACAUGAAAAUGUAUUUUAUUACUGACGUUAUAGAUUUUUUUGUUUCAUCGGUCAGUUUGUGUAUAGAAUGGUUCAAAGAAUUAUGUUCAAAUGCAGUAAAGAAAAAACAUUUAAUGAAACUCAA